UUUCGGUCAUUUUAAAAGUUUUGUUAAUCUACAUCUCCAUUAUUUGGAUAUUUAUAUAUUGACUUUAUAUAGACGAAGGCAAUAUUUAUGCAUAUACAUUUGCAUUAAAUUCUCAAAGUUUGUCAGAAAAUGAUACGUUUAAGUUUAGUUAGAAGCCCAAUACUAAUAAGCAUACUUCCAUUUGGUAAUACUACUAAUUUCGACAAACCUGCGAAUAGCAUAAUAAAUCCACUGGAUGAUAAAUUUGGUUGGGAUAGAGUAAAAAAUAUAUUUCGUCUAAACCAAGAAGGUAAAUACACAAAAGAAUUGACAUCUAUCAUAAAUAUAACAUUAUCAGGUGGCAUGUUUGGUAUGGUCUUGGGUGGUGUAACUGCAUCUAAAAAUACUGUGGAUAAUUUUAUCUCAAAUAAUGAAGCGACAAAAUUUAUUAGUCAUUUUGAUGCAAAAUGGCAUUUACAGCAGGCAGUCGUUACAAAUUUCAUAAGGAAGGGUUCAAGAAUGGGAGGAAAACUAGCACUUUUUUGUUGUAUAUUUAGUACUGUAACAACAUGCACAUCGGCAUAUCGAGGAAAAAUAGCAGUAGAAAAUUAUAUGUUGGGUGCUUCUAUAACAGGAUUACUAUUUAAAAUAAAUUUAGGGCUUCGAGCAGCUCUUAUUGGCAUGGGGCUUGGUAGUAUAUUAGGUGGAAUAUAUGGUGUUACAUCACUUGUUAUUCUUCAAAUAUCAGGCGUAACUAUGGAUGAAGUACUAGAGGCACAAAAGCAAUGGAUAAAUUCAAGAGAUGAGACCAUCGAUAAGAAGAUAAAGGAAGGUAUGAGUACUGAAUUAUCAGAAGUAAGGCAGCUAUAUGAAGACAUUAAAAAAAGUCACUUAAUUGAACAAACAGAAAAUAUUGAAGAUAAAACAUAAACUUAUUAUGUAAAUAAAUCUUGUAUAU